AUGCCUCCUCCUCCGAGACAAGCCGGCCACGGCGCCGCCCCCUCCAAUAUGGACAAGUUGAAGAUGGGAGCGAUGAUGGGAGGAACUGUCGGCGCCAUUAUGGGUUUUAUUUAUGGCACCGUUACCGUUUUUCGAGGAGGCGCUGGUCCCAAUGGUAUUAUGAGGACAAUAGGACAAUACAUGCUUGCUUCGGGGACCACUUUCGGAUUCUUCAUGGGAAUUGGAAGCGUAAUCCGUUCCGAUGCCUCCCCAAUUGCCCAGCAAGCUUAUUUCCAGACUCGACCGCGACCCUUGAUCAUGGCUUCCCACCGUGCGUUCCGACCUCAGCCGAGCACUCGGCGGAACGACUGA